UUCAAGUAAUUUAUUUUAUAUAUAAAAGACGCGAAACUUUAACUAGAUGCCAGCAGAAACGCUCGCAGUACGUGACGGAUUUGUAGUGCUUCGAGCAAGAUUGGCCUCGGAAAAUUUAAGUCUAUAAUAAUUAUAAUAAUAAUAAUAAUAAUGGCCAAGCCCGCUGCCGCUGCUCCUGCUGCCGUCACGGAUCAGGGACGGAGCGACAAUAAUUGCUGCGUUGAGAAGAAGACGUUCUGGUCGCAGCAUUUAGCCAGCGUAACGCUGAGUCUCAUAAUGUUCCUCGUCGGUCUCGCCAACGGAUGGUCUUCGCCCUACUUGGCCAAGCUGUCGCUGCAGGAGAGCACCGACGGCAUAGCGAAGCUCACCAGCGAGCAGCUCACGUGGCUCGCAUCCCUCAUGAACAUCGCACGCAUAUUCGGCGCCUGUGCCGGUGCCGUAGCUCAAGACACCGUGGGACGCAAGAUGUCGCUGUGCUUCGCCGGUCUGCCGAUGCUCGGCGGCUGGCUCUGCGUCGCCACGGCCUCGAGGGUGGAGUGGCUGUACGCCGCGCGGGCCUGCUGCGGUUUCGCCAUGGGCAUGAUCUGGACGACGCUGUCGCUCUACCUGGCGGAGAUCGCCGAUCCCGAGAUACGCGGCUCAUUGGCUAGCAUCACGCAUUAUUUAUUUAUUAUUAUUACUAAAACCAAUUCUAUCCUCGCUUGCCUCGCGAAGAUUAUUAUAUUAAUUUCUCCGUGUAUCGCUGGUCGAAGACGAUGUGUCGAUAGAUCGUGCAACCUCUUUUCACUGCCACGCCCCCUGUGUACCCCCCUCUCCAACAAUGAACAGGUACUGUGGAACAUAUCUGCACAGUCGAUCGGUUUGUUCCUCGGAAAUCUGAUGGGACCUUAUAUUUCCAUGAAGAUCUUCGGCUACGUGGCGAUCAGCUUCAAUCUGCUGUUUCUGCUGCUGUUCCCGCUGGUGCCGGACUCGCCCUAUCGCUACAUCACGAUCGGCAGGCUGGACAAGGCCGAGGCCUCGCUGGCCUGGCUGAGGCGCCGGGCCGACGUCAAGGCCGAGCUGCAGCAGCUCCAGGACUACGUGGAGAGCUCGAGGGUCUCGUUGCUCGAGAGGAUGCGCGAGUUCAAGGAUCCCAUUUACAUGAAGAGCUUCCUGAUGAUGUUCAUGAUCAACAUAUUCAGCUACUUCGGCGCGUACAACGUCACCAACAACUACAUGGAGAUCAUCAUCACGUCGAGCCGAGUGAGCAUCGAAGCCAGCACCAUCGUCACCAGCAUCCAGGGCUGCUCCAUCGUCUCGGGUCUGCUGGCCACGUUUCGGGUCGAUCGCUACGGCCGUCGCUUCCUGCUGAUCGCCUCGAGCCUCGGCAUGGCCCUGUCCCUCACCAGCCUCGGCGUGCACUUUCUCCUGCUGCGUCGCUUCGACUUCGACCCGGCUUGGCUCACGUGGCUGCCCUGCCUCUGCCUGCUCUGCUACAGCAUGUCCUACACGGCGGGCUGCGGCUGCAUACCCAGCGCCCUGGUGGGCGAGCUGUUCUCGCCGCGCUUGAAGACCCUGGCCAGCCUCGUGUUCAGCGCCACCUCGGCCGUCUUCUCGUCGCUCUCGACCAUGACGUUUCUGCCGUUCCUCGAGCUCGUCGGGCCCGCGGCUCUCUUCUGGUUCUACUCGGCCGGCAUUUACGCGUCCAUCGUGUAUUACUACUACUACGUGCCCGAGACAAUGGGAAAGAGUCUGCAGGACAUACAGAAGGAGCCGGACAAAUAAUGGACAACGAGUGCGGUUCGCUCGCGGAUCCAUGGCUAUCUCUGCCGUCGUAAUCAUGUACAAUUAACCAAUGUGAUAUUAGUUAAGCUUUAAGCCAUGAAUGUAAUGAUAUUUUACCCGUAAUAAAGUAUUAAUUGAUUCGGCGAUUCGUUUAUUUACAAGUAACGAUCUCACCGCUGACGCGUGGAUUAAAAAAUCAAGCUUUUCCGAAGUAGAAACGAAAUUAAUUAAUCAGUGAUUGAUAAAAAAAUUAUUCGUAAUCUUUUGAUACUUUCCGGAUCCAACUGUACUCAAUUGAAUCGCCAAUUUUACGACGAUCAACGAUUUAUCGAUCGAUCGCAAGAACUGAUUGCUAUAUUAAGUACACGAUUAAAAACGCUUAUGUAAACUCCAUAUUGAUAAACAUUUACUCUCUUACAUUUUUGCACCGAAGAAGUUUUCUAAAAAGCU